AUGCAUUUACCGAGCAAAACGGGCCCUGUGUGGAUAUAUCUGCUGCUCGUGCUGCUGGAUUGUUACUGGGAGCCGGUGUCCGGGCAGCUCUCUUACUCCGUCUCAGAGGAAGUGAAUGUGGGGACUGUGGUCGGGAAUAUCGCUAAAGAUCUGAACAUCAACGUCCAGGAUUUGGAGUCCCGCAUGUUUCAGAUCGUUUCUGGAUCAAAGAGGAAAUAUUUCGAGGUAAAUCUAAAGACUGGUGUCCUCUACGUUAAUGAGAGAAUAGAUCGGGAGGAACUCUGCGGCAACGAAGCUAAAUGUUCACUCAGUGUAGAAGCUGUUAUUAAUAACCCGUUAAAACUGUACCGGAUUGAAGUAACAAUUUUAGACGUGAAUGAUAAUUCACCGUCAUUUCUCAGCACGUCACAGAUAAUCAAUAUUACCGAGAUCACACGGACAGGGGCUAAAUUUAUCUUGAAACGUGCCCAUGACAAAGACGUCGGUAAAAACACUGUUAAUACAUACAAGCUCAGUCAAAAUGAAUAUUUCUCUCUUUCUACGCAUAAGGGAGAGAGUGCAUCUCCCGAAUUAGUGCUUCAGAAAGGUUUAGAUCGAGAAAAGCAGUCUGUCAUAAGUCUCACGCUGACGGCAAUUGAUGGAGGAACUCCUGCUAAAUCCGGCAGCAUUAUUAUUACAGUGAAUGUGUUGGACAGUAAUGAUAACGCUCCUAUAUUCAGUCAAACACUCUAUAAAACGAGUGUUUAUGAGAAUGUGAAAAUAGGCAGCUCGAUAAUGACACUGGACGCCACGGAUUUGGAUGUGGGGCAAAACGGACAUAUAUCGUAUUCAUUUAUUGAAAUGGAUCAGGAAAAACAAACCGAUUUAUUUUCUAUCGAUGAAAAAACAGGGACCGUAACAAAUAAAAAGAAUAUUGACUUUGAAGAGAACAACGCUUUUGAGAUAAGAGUUCAGGCCAGUGAUGGAGCUACGUCUCCCCUCACUUCACAUGCCAAAUUAUUGAUUGAAGUCUUAGACGUUAAUGACAAUGCUCCAGAAAUGUCGGUGACGUCACUGUUAAACACCGUGAAAGAGGACGCGUCCAUCGGCACAGCUAUUGCUCUUGUUUCAGUACUUGAUAAAGACGGAGGUAAAAAUGGGGUCGUGAACUGUAAAAUUUCAAAUAACGUCCCUUUCAAACUUGAGUCGAAUUAUAAGAAUUACUACUCGCUGGUGGUGGACGGUCCUCUUGACAGAGAGAGCGCAUCUCAAUACAACAUCAGCAUCACUGCUACUGACGAGGGGAGCCCACCUCUCUCCAGUACAAGUGUUAUUACUGUACACCUGUCAGAUGUAAAUGAUAACAGACCUGUAUUCACAGAAUCUACCAUCAAUGUGUAUGUGAGAGAAAACAGUCCCGUAGGAGCGGUUCUAAAAACAGUGUCCGCAUUUGAUGACGACAUCGAUCAGAAUGGUCAGAUGAGAUUUUCAUUUUUACAAAGUAACAGUGACACGUUACCAUUAUCUGCAAUGGUGAUCAUCAACUCAGAGACAGGAGAUAUAAUCAGUCUGCAGUCGUUUAACUUUGAGGAGUUGAAAACGUUUCAGUUUAAAGUUCAGGCCACAGACUCUGGUGUUCCUCCGCUCAGCAGCAACGUGACUGUGAACGUUUUUAUUCUGGAUGAGAAUGACAACAGUCCUUCGGUUCUUUCUCCAUAUUCUGAGCAUGGCUCUGUUAACAGUGAGAGCAUCCCCUAUUCUGCUGAAGCGGGAUACUUUGUGGCAAAGAUAAGGGCUGUAGACGCAGACUCUGGAUACAACGCGCUGCUUUCUUAUCACCUCUCUGAGCCCAAAGGAAACAACCUCUUCCGGAUCGGAACCAGCACCGGGGAAAUCAGGACUAAGAGGAGAAUGAGUGACAAUGACUUGAAAACUCACCCCUUGGUGGUGCUGGUUUCUGAUAACGGAGAACCCUCCCUGUCAGCCACUGUGUCUAUAGAUGUGGUGGUGGUUGAGAGCACAGCUGACAUCCAGACCCAGUUCAGACAUGUGCCCACAAAGGACGAUGGCUUCUCUGAUUUAAACCUGUAUCUGCUGAUCGGCAUCGUGUCGGUGUCAGUCAUCUUUCUGCUGAGUCUCAUCACUUUAAUAGCAGUCAAAUGCCACAGGACAGACAGCAGCUUCAGCAGGUACAGCGCCCCAAUGAUCACCACCCACCCUGACGGGAGCUGGUCUUACUCUAAUGCAACCCAGCAGUAUGACGUCUGCUUCAGCUCAGACACGCUCAAGAGUGACGUAGUGGUUUUCCCUGCACAGUUUCCGCCUGCAGAUGCGGAACUGAUCAGUAUUAACGGAGGAGACACGUAUGGCAGGACACAGACUUUACCAAACAAAGACAAGGUAAGGAUAAUACCGAAGAUCCUCAAUUCUGUCAAUGCUUUGAGAAGACGCGUGGAUAUACGGAUCUAUGUUUUGUUCUCGCUGUGUGGAAUUAUGCCGUCGCCGGGGAGAAAGACUUUUAUCGGGACAUAUCUAGUGCUUGUUGUCUUGGAGUAUAACUGGGGAGCGGUGUCCGGGCAGCUCUCCUAUUCCGUCUCAGAGGAGGUAAACCUGGGGACUUCUGUUGGAAAUCUCGCCAAGGAUCUGUGCCUGAACGUUCACGAUUUGGAGUCACGUAUGUUUCAGAUCGUUACUGGAUCGAAGAGAAAAUAUUUCGAUGUAAAUUUGAAGUCAGGUUUUCUCUACGUCAUUGAAAGAAUAGACAGAGAAGAGCUCUGUGCCAAAGCGACAAAAUGUACAAUUAACGUCGAGGCUGUGAUAAAUAAUCCACUGAAACUUUACCGAAUAGAAGUGAAUAUUCUCGAUGUAAAUGAUAAUCCCCCGUCAUUCAGUGCCCAAUCUCAAACUAUUGAUAUCGCAGAGUUCGUAUUACCGGGAGCUACAUUCCCUGUGCCGUCGGCCUUCGAUGCCGAUGUCGGGAAAAAUAGUAUUAACACAUACAAGCUGAAUCCCAAUGAAUAUUUUUCUUUAGUGGUGCACAGAGGAGAGAGCGUGUCAGCCGAGCUGGUACUGCAAAAAUCAUUAGACCGAGAGAAACGGGCUUUGAUUAAACUAACGCUGACCGCUGUAGAUGGAGGAACGCCUCCGAAAUCAGGCACAUCUGAAAUAUUAAUUAAUGUUCUUGACAACAAUGACAAUAUUCCAGUCUUUAGCAAAACUCUUUACAAAACAAGUAUCACGGAAAAUGCAGCACUUGGCACUACAGUAGUGGCAGUGACUGCAACUGAUGCGGAUGAUGGUCCAAACAAAGACAUCGUGUAUUUACUGAAUUCGAGAGAUCAGGACCGUGUCUUGGACAUUUUUGAAAUCGAUUCUGAAACGGGAAUAAUAACUGUUAAAGGAAAGAUUGACUUUGAAGCAAAUUCUGCCUUCGAAAUCCGCGUGCAGGCUGCGGACAAAGGCCAGCCUCCGUUAACAGCUCAGUGUAAAGUGCUCGUGGAGGUGGUGGACUUGAACGACAAUGCCCCUGACGUCACGGUGACGUCACUGCUCAGUACAGUGAGGGAGGAUGCUGAACUUGGUACAGCCAUUGCACUUGUUUCAGUUCUUGACAGAGAUGGGGGUAAAAAUGGUGAUGUGAAAUGUGCAAUAUUGAACGAGGUCCCCUUUAAAUUAGAGACAAACUACAAAAAUUAUUAUUCCUUAGUUAUUGCUGGAGCUCUGGAUAGGGAACUCGUUAACCACUACAAUAUUACUAUUAAAGCCACAGAUGAAGGCAGUCCCCCUCUCUCUAACACAAGUGUGGUUAUUGUUCAGGUUUCUGAUGUAAAUGACAACACACCUCUGUUUUCAGAGAGUGUAAUAAAUAUGUAUGUGGGAGAAAACAGUCCGGUUGGCACCGUUUUGAAAGCAGUAUCUGCAACUGAUGCUGACAUUAGUGAAAAUGGCCGGGUGAGCUACUCAUUAGUCAGCGACAAAAACAAAGUGCCGUUGUCUGCUAUGCUUAAUAUCAACUCAGAGACAGGAGAUAUAAUCAGUCUGCAGUCGUUUAACUUCGAGGAGCUGAAAACAUUUCAGUUUAAAGUUCAGGCCACAGACUCUGGUGUUCCUCCGCUCAGCAGCAACGUGACUGUGAACGUUUUUAUCGUGGAUGAGAAUGACAACAGUCCCUCAGUUCUUUCUCCAUAUUCUGAGCACGGCUCCGUAAACAGUGAGAGCAUCCCCUAUUCUGCUGAAGCGGGAUACUUUGUAGCAAAGAUCAGGGCUGUAGACGCAGACUCUGGAUACAACGCAUUGCUUUCGUAUCACCUCUCUGAGCCCAAAGGAAACAACCUCUUCCGGAUCGGAACCAGCACCGGGGAAAUCAGGACUAAGAGGAGAAUGAGUGACAAUGACUUGAAAACUCACCCCUUGGUGGUGCUGGUUUCUGAUAAUGGAGAACCCUCCCUCUCAGCUACUGUGUCUAUAGAUGUGGUGGUGGUUGAGAACACAGCUGACAUCCAGACUCAGUUCAGACACUUGCCCACAAAGGACGAUGGCUUCUCUGAUUUAAACCUGUAUCUGCUGAUUGGCAUCGUUACGGUGUCAGUCAUUUUUCUGCUGAGCCUCAUCACUUUAAUAGCAGUCAAAUGCCACAGGACAGACAGCAGCUUCAGCAGGUACAGCGCCCCAAUGAUCACCACCCACCCUGACGGGAGCUGGUCUUACUCUAAAGCUACUCAGCAGUAUGACGUCUGCUUCAGCUCAGACACGCUCAAGAGUGACGUAGUGGUUUUCCCUGCACAGUUUCCACCUGCAGAUGCAGAACUGAUCAGUAUUAAUGGAGGAGACACUUAUAACAGGACUCAGACUCUACCCACCAAGGAGAAGUUUAAUAAAGCUACCACACGGGGACGCUUUAGACCGUAA